CUCCAAGUCCUGGGCGGGCGGACUUGUGGGAAACGGAGUCCGGAAGUUUGUGAGCCCGCCCCGCGUGGUCAUGGGAAUGGGCCUUCUGAGGCUUCUGCGCAUGUACAAAACUUCGCAGGCCCCUCUAGGUUCUCUGGCUUACCGUGAGAGACAGUCCCAACCUCCACGAUCCUGCAGCUAUACUUUCAGAGAUUUCAACAUUUUUCCAAGAAAGACCAGCAAAUUAUGAAGAAAUCAUACGGAUCCUUAUCAUUUGAGGAUGUGACUGUGGGCUUCUCCCAGGAGGAGUCGCAGCACCUGGAUCCUACCCAGAGGACUCUGUACAGGGACGUGAUGCUGGAGAACUACAGCCACCUUGUCGCAGUGGGGUGCUAUGUCCCUAAACCAGAAGUGAUCUUCAGGCUGGAACAAGGACAGCAGCCAUGGCUCGUAGAGGAAGAGUCCCCAGACCAGAGCUGCCCAGAAGUCUGCAAAGUUGAUAACCAACUAGAACAGAAUCAAGAAAUCCAGGAUAGACAUUUCUGGCAGGCUCCAUUUAUCAACAACAAAACACUGACUAUACACAGAGGUAAUGUAUUAAGAAACAUUUUUAAUUUUCUCCCAGACAGCAUUCCUUCUAUAAAAAUACCCUAUAAGUGUGACUCAUGUGGUAUGAAUUUGAAACGUAUUUCAGAAUUAAUUAGUAAUAAGAAAAGCUGUUUAAGUAAAAAGCCUGAUAACCUCAAUCCAUGUGGGAAAUUGUUCCUUCAUAGUAACCUUGGAAAAACUCAAAUGAGAGAGAAACCUUGUGAAUUCAUUCAAAAUGGAAAAUACCUCAGUAAUAAUGAAGAUGUCAUUCCAUAUCAGAAAAUUAAAAACGUAGAGCAAUCCUUAAUUCAAAGGAAUAAGGAAUAUGAGGAAUACAGGAAAGAUUUCCAUGGGAAGGUACUUGUCCCAUAUAACCAAGCUCAUAUAGGAGAGAGUCCUCAUGAUUAUAAUGAAUCUGAUCAAAUGUUCUGUAAUAAUUCAAUCUUCAUGGUCCACAAGAUAGCAAAAAGAACAGAAAAUCUUCAUGAGUUUAAUGAAUACGGUAAAACUUUUGAGAAGUCAUCCCUCUUGAAACCUGGAGUUCACUUAAAGGUAAAGGAUUAUGAGUACAUGGGUAGAGUGGUUAGUUUCAAUAGGAGAUCAGUCUUCCCUGACACAGGAGAGAGAGAAUUUGAAUAUAACAACUUGGGAGAACCUUUCUGGGAGAAGGCUGUUCUUAAUGUAACUCCGAGAACACACGUACAAGACAAAGUCCAUGAAUGUAACGAAUGUGGAAAAGCAUUCUGCAAGAAGUCAAAACUCACCAAACACCGGAAAAUACAUACAGGAGAGAAACCCUACGAAUGUAAGGAAUGUGGGAAAUGCUUCUCUCGGAAAUCCCUCCUCACUUUACAUCAGAGAAUCCACACAGGAGAGAAACCCUAUGAAUGUAAGGCCUGUGGGAAAUGCUUCUCUAGGAGUUCACACCUUGUAAUUCAUCAGAGGACUCACACAGGAGAGAAGCCCUAUGAAUGUGAUGAAUGUGGGAAAAGCUUCUACCAUAAAUCCUGUCUCACAGUACACCAGAGAAUUCACACAGGGGAAAAGCCUUAUAAAUGUAACCAAUGUAAAACCUUCAUAAGCAACUCAGUCCUCACAAUACAUCAGAAAACACACACAGGUGAGAAACCCUAUAAGUGUAACUGUGGGAAAUUCUUCUCCAGAAACUCGUACCUUACAGUACAUCUGAGAACUCACACUGGGGAGAAGCCAUAUGAAUGUGAGCUCUGUGGGAAAUUCUUCUGUCACAAGUCAGAUGUCACAAAGCAUGAGAAAACUCACAGAGUGGGGAAACCCUAUGGAUAUAAUCAGUGCAGGAAAACCUUUAGUCGUAACUCUGGCCUAAAAGACAUCAGAGAACUCACACAAAGGAGAAACCCUAUGAAUGUAACGAGUGUGGGAAAUCCUUUUCUGAGAAAUCAGUCCUCACAGUACAUCAGAGGAUACCUUUUAAGUUUCUCAAAAAUCACUUCUCCAAGGUAACGUUUUGACUUACACCUGGUACAGUGGACCUGGUAGACUUUGCUUCUGGGCUAGUCUCUGGCAUCAACAAAUCUAAUUUUGAACC